AUGUCCAAUUUAUUAAACAAAUUCGCUGACAAGUUGCACGGCAACGACCACGAUGAACGUUACGAAAACGACGAUGACGACCAAACUAGACAACAACGCCACGAGAAACACCAACAGAGAGAAUUCAAAAAUCAAGGUUCCAAGGCUGAUCCUUACAGUGACCAGAAUCAAGGUAAUUUCCCUCAACACCAACAACCACAAUCAAGUCUAGGCGGAAACAGACAAGUUGGCGGUAAUGACUACCAACAACAAACCACUGAUUACACUGCAGGAAGCGGUGGUGGCACCUACACUCAGACUUACCGCGAGACUAACACUCAAGGUGAGUUAGACGACGAUGAAGAUGACGAUUUCUUGACUUCAGGUCAGCAGCAAAAACAAGGCCGCACAAGAGGUACUCAGAGUAACCGCUAUCAAUCCUCCAAUAUGGGCAGCGGACGGCGCAACCUGUCUGGAUCAGGAAACGACCAGUAUGAUGACGAUAGCGGAAACCAAGGUGUUUGGUAG